UGUGUUUUUAGACUCAGAGCCUGAAAUUAGUGUUCCUUGAGAGCGGGAAGGAAUUAGACUUGAAGAAACUUCACAGCCGUCUAAGACAUCGUCAUCAUGUUGGUCGUCCUCGGUGGGAUCUUCGUCCUUCACAUCGCAGCCAUCAUCCUCCUCCUGGUGGCCACUAUUGACAAUGCCUGGUGGGUAACAGAUACCACAUCCACUGAUAUUUGGGCUCGCUGGGUGAACACAAACGGAGUGUGGAACCUCACCGAUCUCCCAACAGGCUCACAUUACCCAACAGAUUACCUCCAGGCAGUGCAGGCCACCUCUGUGCUGGCAUGUAUAUUCUGCUGCAUCUCACUCCUCGUCUUCAUCGCUCAGCUCUUCACCCUCCCCAAGGGACAGAAGUUYAUCAUCUCYGGAGUUCUUCAGUUCCUCGCAUGCCUGUUCAUCAUGAUCGCAGCCUCCAUCUACACAGACCGCUUCCAUAUCGACGAGCGCACAGGUAACUACGGCCACAGCUACAUCCUGGCAUGGAUCGCCUUCGGUCUCACCUUCUUCUCCGCCAUCAUUUACGUCGUGCUACGCAAGAAAUAAGGACAUUUGAACCAGCUGGCCCAGAUGACUUUGUCUUUGUGUGUUUUUAGGUUUUUGCUGGAGUUACAGCCUCAGAUCCAACCAGUGUUUGAUUAACUGAGUCUGCUUUAGAUGUAAAGUUCAAAUAUUGUAGGUUUUUGAAGCRAGACGCAAACUCAGUUAAUCACAGCUGUAAUUGAGUUUUAUAUCAGCCCAGAGUCGGGCUGGAUCACUUCAGGGCAUCUAACUUGUAAGAAUAUUUUUGUUGUUAAGUGACCARAAAGAGUUCUAGUGAGAGGACACAAUGGUAACACAAAUCUAAAUCUCUAAGCUAAAAUUGAUUUUAAAAUAAAGUACACUAACAACCAGGUUUUAUUUAUAGAAUCUGUUGACCCAGCAGAUCGUAAAUAAAAYGCUUCUUCUUGAUGUGAUGAAAGUUUACUGCAGUUUAGUUACAUAAAAGAUGAGAUUUCUGUUUUUAUAAAGUAUUCAAAGAUCUGUUUGAGAAGACAUUCUAGUAUUUCUACAAGAUUACUCAGGAUUGGUACUAUUCUUGUAAAGUGUUACCAAAAUUCCUAGAUUGUACCAAAGACACAGCAGUAAAAUAUGCUGUGUGUACAGUCAGAUAUGGACAAUGUUACAGUAGAUAAAAAGGGUGUGUUGUCAUUUUAGAUGCUGUUUAUGCAUUAUUUUAUUAAUAGUUUAUCAUUUUUUUCUCCAUACCUUCCAAACAGCUGUUGCCUUACUUUGUAUAGUUAAAAGUCUUAAUGAACAUAAGUUUCUAGCAAAGGCGUAAAAAUAUAAAUUAGUUUGUUCAAAAGGAUCAUUUUGAAGAAGAAGUCACUAAACAAAAGUUAGAUCACACACAUGUUUAUUUUUUCUAAACUCCACUUCAAUCAACCUAAUAAAACCUGAUUCUGGUAACAUCACAUCCAGUCAGUCGUUCACACACUAACGUUUCGAUUAGAAAGGCAACUGCUUUGAAUCUUUAAAACAUCACCUGUAAAUAUGAUUUAUUUUCCCAUGAGGUUUUAUUUUUGCUAUUAUGUGUUCUAAAUGACAGAUAUUUACAAUAUUAAAACUUCAUUUUCAUUAAA